GCGUGGAGGAGAGCCAUCAGGAAGUGAAUGUCUCAGGGAAGAAAAUCUUUAUUAUGUAUCGCCAUGUUUCCCUUUUGCUGUUUCUAAAGUCAGUCGCUUUUACAUUAGACAGACACUUGUCAUAGUGAUAAAAGCUUUUGUCUUUUUUUUAAUUGCAGACAUAAGGCGAGUCCGGGUUGACCGCUAGCUCGUUUACGCCGGGUAUGCUAACACGAAUGUCGGCUCGGUUUAGCGAAUUGAUAGUACAGCAAAUUAAGAUAAAAAAACAAUCCUGAAAUGGGCGAGAAAGGUAAUCGCAGAAAUGAGCCUGCAGUCUUCUGAUCGACAAGCGUAACAGCAACCGUGGAUGGAUGACUUGACUUUGCAUUGAAGUUGUUGACGUAGCUCCCCAUUCAUGGUUUUUCCUGGAAGUGACAACAAUAGUACACUUGCUUGUUCUGUGUUGCAAUGGCGCGCCCCAGAGUCCAGCUCUGACCGCUCCGGGCCAUGAACUCGGUUUCCCCCACCGCGGUGCAGUACACGGGCGGAGCGAUGCACAGUGAACUGGCGGAGGGCCGCAGACCGCCGGCCCCGGCGCAGCAGGGCGGCUUCGGACUCAGACCUCCGCAGAGUCCGGGUCCCGGCAGAGAAGCGAGCGAAGAGCCCGAGGAGAUAGAUAAACUCAAAGCCAAAUUAAUGUCAGCGUGGAACAACGUCAAAUAUGGUUGGACUGUGAAAUCAAAGACGUUCUUUAACAAGAGCUCACCAGUCACGGUCCUGGGACACUCGUAUCUGCUCAAUAGUGAAGAGCAAGUGGAGCGCUUCCGCCUGGCUUUCGUGUCCCGCCUGUGGCUGACCUACAGACGGGAGUUCCCUCAGUUGGAGGGCUCCAGCUGGACCACCGACUGCGGCUGGGGCUGCAUGCUGCGCAGCGGCCAGAUGCUGCUGGCUCAGGGCCUGCUGGUUCAUCUGAUGCCCCGAGAGUGGACUUGGCCGGACGCUCAGCAGUUGACUGACGUGGACUUCGAAGUGUUGCGAGUACGCUCGCCGGUGCGCGUCGGCGGGGUGCCCAUCCCGUCUUUCGGCUCCCCGCGGGGGUCGGGCACCCCCGAGAAGACGCCGCCGAGCCAUCUGACGCCUAACAGCAGCCAGAAGAAGAGGCUCGAGUCUUCACGGGAUCGACAAGCCGAAGCCGUCCACCAGAAACUGCUCGCCUGGUUCGGGGAUCAACCGCCAACACCUUUUGGCGUGCACCAGCUGGUGGCCGUUGGCAGGAGUUCUGGAAAAAAGGCCGGGGACUGGUACGGCCCGUCCGUGGUGGCGCACAUACUGCGGAAAGCUGUGGCGAAAAGUGCUGUCGUUCACAAUAUGGCUGUGUAUGUGGCUCAGGAUUGUACAGUGUACAAGGAAGACGUUGCCCGUCUGUGCGAGGCGUCACUCGGCCACCCGCCGCCAGAAGGCGACGACCGAGCCUGGAAGUCCCUCGUCGUCCUGGUGCCCGUCCGCCUGGGCGGGGAGACCCUCAACCCGUCUUACAUCGACUGCGUCAAGAACAUCCUCAAGCUGGAAUGUUGCAUUGGAAUCAUUGGAGGCAAACCCAAGCACUCGCUCUACUUUGUCGGCUUCCAAGAUGAGCAGCUGCUGUAUUUGGACCCUCACUACUGCCAACCGGUUGUGGACGUCACUCAAGUCAACUUCCCGCUCGAGUCUUUCCACUGUAGUUCUCCCAAAAAGAUGCCCUUCACCCGAAUGGAUCCCAGCUGCACCAUCGGCUUUUAUGCCAGGAACAAGAAAGACUUUGAAUCUUUAUGUUCAUCUGUCAGUCUGGCCCUGUCGUCCUCCGCGGAGAAGUACCCCAUCUUCACCUUCGUGGAGGGCCAGAGUCACGAUUACGGACUCGAGGCGCACAGCAGUGACCGCACCGGCCCCGCGCCGCACAUCCUGCCCCCCGGCAAGCCGGCCCGGGUCAAUAACAGACGACUCAGUGAUGAGUUUGUCUUCCUGUGAGACUUGGGAGUGCUGGGGUGGGGGGUCAGGAGGUCUGUUUUUCUGGAGCAGCCUGACCCGGAAGCAAAAACGUACUUCUCGACACGGACUUUAUAAGCUAGCAUCAAUCGACUUGUCCUUCACGACUGACGAUAAGUUUAAAGCGAACCUUAACAGGCCUCCAAAUGUCGCAUUUCCUUUUGUGAGGGGCAAGACGUGUUGUUCUCUUUGCGCACUUGUGUGUGUGCGCGCGUCCCCUUUAAAUUUGUCUUUGUUUGGAUUGUUUUAUCAGCCGUCCGAGUGAGCACGUGUGUUUUGGCUGGUAUGGAAGUAACGCCGAAGGUGAGACGUCUUGAACUGCUGUACAGUCACGUUAAGUCUUAUUAGCGCACUUUGCGAUGGCGUUCGUCAUCUGUCGCUCUUUAUUUCACGGGAAGGGGUUCACAGGAUUGCGCUCCGGCGCACAUGAUUUUCAAAUUCUGGGUUUCUUUGCUCCGCAGUUGUGCUCGUGUCACACCUUCUCGGGGACCCCCGCGUGAUCAUCUCAUCUAGUCUUUGUUCUAAUGUGAAGUCUCGCUGCUAUUUCUUGUCCUCGUGGGGCCGGAGGCGUACUGGAAUCGCUUCCUCGGUAUGUUGCCCGAUUCUGCUGGUACUCAACUUGGCAGCGCUGACGGGGGGGGGAGAAAUACCACGAUGAAUUUCAGAUUCCGUGUUUAAAAGUAAAAUUCAAGGUAAGAAGACAAAACGUGACAAAUGAUUGUACAUUAAAAGUUGUCAAUUUAGAGACGAAACGUUUUGCUGUCAUCACAUUUUACCCGCGUUGUAUUUAUUGCUUGAGUUUUGCUUUAUUUGAAUCUUGCAUAUGAUGUUUUUGUACGUGACAGCCAUUCUAGUCUACACUGCAACACCGACUACUCAUCAGCACAAUAAAGAAAAAUAAAUGCCUUUCCAAAGGCAAAUA